CCACGUCGGAAGAAAUUGUCAGCGCGCCAAACGGAAACGGAACGCAACUUUAGCAACCGUUUGGUGGGUUUUGCGUUUGUUUGCUUCUGUGGCUAACUAUGCUUGCGUAGCCACAAAAAGUUGACGGAUUUUGUUCAAAAAUGGCCAAAGAGAAGCGACACAAGAGAAGAGAUUCUCCCACGCGAGAGCCGGAAGUGAAAGUAAAACAGGAGAAAUUGAGUCCGAGUAGGCCGCAGAAAUCACGCCGCUCGAGGUCGAGAUCCACAGACAACUCCAGUCCACAGAGGAGAAGAACCAGCAGGUCACCCGUGAGGACAAGAGACCGCUCACCAGGCAGAAGGGAGACCUCUCCUGUUAGACGAAACAGCAGAUCUCCCAGAAACAAGAGAAAUCACAGCCCUCAUUGUAGCAGUGACUCUAGAAUAAAGAGGGAGCGUGAUGAGCAUAGAUCUAGCGGCGAUGAGCGGAGGAGGAGGAACGAGCAGCCAGAUGAAAGACGAAGCAGGUGGGAACAUAACAGGUCCGGGGACCGGGAUGGAGAGAGGCAUCGUGAGCGAAACUCCCAAGUGACUCAGCAAGCUGAGCGGCGGCAGCACGAUGAGCGGCGUAGGGAAAAUCGGCGGCGGCGUGAAGAAAAUCAAGAACAGGAGUUUGGACAAGCUGAGGGAGACGGCAGCGACUCGGGGGCGCCGCCUGCUGAUAAAGAGAAGCCCAACUUUGAAUUGUCAGGGGCUCUCACAGAGGACACCAACACGUUCCGUGGGGUGGUGAUCAAGUACAACGAGCCACAGGAAGCUCGAAUUCCAAAGCGCAGGUGGCGAUUGUACCCUUUCAAGAAUGAUGAACCCCUUCCUGUCAUGUACAUUCACAGACAGAGUGCCUAUUUGUUGGGGCGGCAAAGAAAGAUCGCUGAUAUCCCCAUCGACCACCCGUCCUGCUCCAAGCAACAUGCAGUAUUCCAAUACAGGUUAGUGGAGUACACUCGAAAAGACGGCACCACUGGCCGCAGGGUAAGGCCUUAUAUCAUCGACCUCGCUUCUGGCAACGGUACCUACCUGAACAACCAGCGGAUCGAGUCUCAGCGCUACUACGAGCUCAAAGAAAAAGACGUUCUCAAGUUUGGCUUUAGCAGCCGCGAAUACGUCCUAUUGCACGAAUUCUCCGACACGAGCGAGGUUGAUGCAAAGCAGGAAGAAGAAGAAGACGAGGGUCUUGAUGAGUAAAUUACUCCCAAUGUGUUUGUGCCUAAAUUCAUUUAUGAUGGAUAAGACCAAUGAGAAUGUUAGAAAGUGGAGCGAUGUAUCUUGUGCGUGGGAAUUCACACCACGUGGUUGGAUUGUUAUGUAUAUUGUGUAAAUAUUGAACUCUUGCUUAAACCUGCCACACCUGUCUCCAAGUAGACCUUUCUCAGGAUUAAUGCAUGGCUGAUCUCAUGUGUUAUGUCAGGGUACAUCAUUGGAAAACCAACCUUAUGUUUAGGAAAGCAUUUCUUAUUGACAUAAUGAACAUAAAUACACAGAAUAUAAUAAUUGUAUUUUUAUUUUUUGCUUUUUUUUUUGUAGUGGAGGGGAAAUACUUGAUGCUAUGUGUUUCUGCAUCAUUUAUACAAAAACUUCCCUGUUUGAUUUUGUCAGUUCAGGUGUAUUGAUAGUAAGAGUUCAUUUUUCUACUGUAAAUUAAAAUAUAGAUUAUUAAAAAAAA